AUAACCUCUUAUAAUCUACAUUUUAAAAGCAAAGUUAAAACAGUAAAGAUUACUUUAGAAAAUUUUAUAAUGUUCCCUUUAUCGCAUUUAUUAGUGAAAGUAAACACUGUAAUUAGAAAGGUUUAGUAUAUCCUUGUAAAAGAUAGCAGUCAUGAUGAUAUCAGAUCGUAUUGUAAACAGUACUUAUGUGUUUCACAUGCUGAAUAGUUCUCAAGUUUAGCAACAUUUAUGGGAAUUUUUAUUUAAGUAAUAAACCAAAUAGAAGAUUCCAAAGAAUUGUCUUGAUGAAGUUGGAGAAACCAUGAAGCGUUCGUAUUAUUUUUUGUUUUUGCUUUGGUUUUCGUACCUUUUAGUCUCAUCAGUUCUGUUGUUUACUGGUGGAUUCUUGUUAUCGAGAACAGCCCAGCCCUACCGAUCAUCAUGUUCGCUUUACAAAGCAGUCGAUUGUCCGUUAGAAGAAAGUGAAUGUUUCUUACAUCAUAUAGAUGAAUUUAAAUUUAUGAAAUUUGAUGAUCAAAUUUGUGUGCCUACCAAAUAUAAAGCAAUAGUGCUUGUGAUAGAUGCUUUAAGAUACGAUUUUACUCAGUAUGAUGCAUACUUAAAUGAUCCCUUACCAUAUCAAAACAGGCUGCCAAUUAUACAUAGAUCACUUCAAAGCGAGCCUGAUAAAACUAGACUGUAUAAGUUCAUAGCUGAUCCACCAACUACAACUUUGCAAAGGCUUAAAGCACUUACUUCAGGGACGUUACCAACAUUUAUAGAUGCUGGCUCAAAUUUUGGUACAGAAGAAAUUAACGAAGACAAUAUUAUAGAUCAGUUGACUUUGUCAGGUAAACAAGUUGUCUUUAUGGGUGAUGACACAUGGAUGGGAUUGUAUCCAAAAAGAUUUUUGAGGGCUUAUCCAUUCCCUUCUUUUAAUGUAUUUGAUUUAGAUACUGUAGACAAUGGAGUGAAAGAAAAUUUAGAUACUGAACUUAAGCAAAAAGAUUGGAACCUUUUAAUUGCUCAUUUUCUGGGUGUAGAUCAUUGUGGACACAGAUAUGGUCCUAUGCAUAUUGAAAUGACAAGAAAAUUAACAGAAAUGAAUGAAGUUAUUGAGAACAUCAUCAAGCAUUUGGAUAAUAACACAGUCCUUUUUGUAAUUGGAGAUCAUGGAAUGACCAUGAGUGGUGAUCAUGGAGGUGCAAGUGAUGACGAAAUUCAGUCUGCUAUGUUUGUUUAUUCAAAGGCUCCCCUAAAAAAAUCCAAAUACAGUUAUGGAAAUGAAAUUAGACAAGUUGAUCUUGUGCCAACACUAGCUACAAUUUUUGGAGUUCCUAUACCAUAUUCCAAUUUAGGAUCUCUUGUACUAGAUGCUAUUCCCUUGCAUUAUUCAAAACACAUAACUGGUCGAGAUUGGCAUAGUUUGGUCAUUCCUUUAUGGUCAAAUUUAAGACAGAUGGUCAAAUAUAUUGAAGAAUACUCCGAAAUAAGUGACGUCUUUGAUAAUAUUGAAAUUGAAGCUAUCAGGCAAAAGUUUAGCGUUAUUCGAACUUUACUGAAAAAAACGGACGACGAAAUGGAUUUUCUAGAAUUUCAAAAAGAAGCAAAAGAGAUAAUGGACUUUAUAUAUUUAAUUUGUGGAGAAGUAUGGAGCCAAUUUGAUCCUCAGUUGAUUUCUCAGGGGAUGAUAUUAAAUUUCACAGUUCUCUACCUUAUUUAUAUUAUCGUUGAUGGCGUUCCAGCAGAUAACUUAAGUUCUGUAUUUCAGUAUUCUUUUUUCUUAGUUUCCUUUAGAGUCGUGGCAUUUGCAGUGGUCAGUGUCUACUCUUUAUAUGCCUUCCACUACAUUCACAAUUUACUAUAUUCGAUUUAUCUCAUUACGGGAAUUGUUUCUGUAUUUUUAUUAGCAAUAAUUGUAAUUCAAAAUUGGGACGCAAUCACGUCAAAUUGGCAUCGACGUAGCCAAAAUAGAACUUGGUACGAUUUCUUUUAUCGUCUUAUAAUAAUUUUCCACGUUUUGGUGCCUCUGUCUAACAGUUAUGUAGUUGAAGAAUCGUUUGUAUCUUUCUAUCUUUUGAUUUCUGCAUUUGUAAUGAUAAUGUUAGAAUGUAUAUAUCCAAGUGGCGAUACUGCUAAAAGUAAAUGGUUUCCUUUAAAAUUAUCCGCUUUGAUUACUGCAUUUUUAGCCGUGAUUUUUCUACGUUUAACUCCGAAUUUAUGGCGUUGUCGAGAGGAGCAGUCUUGGUGUACAUUGUUCAGUACCCAUCACUUGCUUAAAUCUGGAAACGCAGAUUUAGCACAAAAAUAUUACGUCGCCACUUUAGUUUUAUUGGCUGUAUUUGUUAUUUUGGGGCGAAAUUGGUUACGUUCUUGUGGCAGUCUCAAAGGGACUUCUUUCACCACCUUCUCCUACCGUUAUCUUCCCACAGUAAUGGUGGUUUGCACAGGAUCUUAUUGGAUUUUAGAAAAGAUGCCAUUAAAAAAAAAGAAGUCUAUGUAUUUUUCUCAGCCAAAAUAUUUUGCAUGGUGCGUUUAUAUAGCUGCUUUUGAAUUGAUUUUCAGUGCUGUUUUGAAGCCUCUAUGUGUCCAAAUUAUCUCUAAAAACACUAGUGGAAACAGUGAACGAUUAAAUUCAGUACCUCACAUUUAUCAGAGAAUAAAGGACAUGUUAAACGAUGAUGGAAGAAAGAAUGGUAUUUCAAGUGUACCAGUGGCAUAUGGUUUGACGACCGUCUACAGUUCACCCUUCAUUGUAGUGACCAUAACGGCCACACUUGUUCUUGCUCUGCUACUGGGAUGUGUAUCUGCAGCUGCCCUGAUUCUAAUGUGCCUUUUUGGGAUAUUCUUCUUAUUUGUAUCGUCCAUUUUGAGGCACAGUAAAGCAACAAACACAGAAGACCUAUUACAUAUGCCCAAUUCGGUUCUACUGACGUGGAUGCUAAUUUCCCAUUAUUUCUUUUAUGGAACUGGUCAUCAGCCCACGUUUCCCAACAUACCAUGGGAGGCAGGUUUUGUGGGGACCAGUGGUAACUUUGCCACCCAUGUAAUUCCAGCUGUCCUUAUAAUUCUCAACAUUUAUGCAAGUCACAUAUUAAUGGGAUUCACACUGCCCCUUUUGUUUAUGGCCCCUUUCUCAGUUGGGGUCAAAUUUCCUCACUUUUUUGCAAAGAAACAAAGUGCAGACUUAAAGACUGGCGAAGUAUUUUUUUAUCAAUACAACGAAAAGUUUAUAAAUGGCGUUUUCGUCGCAUGCUGUAAAUAUAUAUUACUCCAUGGAGUACAAGUUUUUCUUACCAUGUUAGCUGCCACAGUUCACUGCCGUCAUCUAAUGGUUUGGAAGAUUUUUGCGCCCAAAUUCAUAUUUGAAGGUGUUUCGUUUUUUGUGACUUUAGCUUCAGUUUCACUCGGUUAUUUAUUUUUAACGCACAUUAAUUCUAAAGUUAAUAAACUGUUUGAACAGGAACUUUAGCUCCUGAUCUUUGCUUUUUGUUUAUGUAAAUGUUAUGUCAGUAUUAAUUAUAUUUUAUAAAAGUUGCCAUUGUUUUUAAAAUGAAAAUAGGUUUGUAAUUGUUUAAAAAAUUGUAUAAAAAGAAAAUAAUUAAUUUGUAAGCUGGUGUACAUAUAAUUGCACUAUUUGUAUUCAGUUAAUGAGGUAUUCCUUAAGAAGAAUGAAGAAAUCGUAUUUUU